AUGCGACAGCACGAGGUUGACCACGUUCUCGUCGUUUUUGACGGUCUCCUUGGCUACUCGGGCGAUUACAUCAACAAGUUCCUCUGGAUGGCCAGGAUUGCGGAAUGUAUCUGGCCUGACGAGGUCAAGGAGCGCUACUUCUUCACGCCGCGUGGAGAGAGCCUGCAACUCCAUCACGAGACCGCCGAGCCCGACCUGAAGGACUUUGUGGACGAGGAAGAGUGGCUGAAGAACACCCUCGACAAGCUCCAGCGAAAUCUUGCCGACCACAUCAAGCUCAUGGAGGAUGCCUGGGCGCGACAUUACAUCAGCGUCGCGAUGGGAUUCCAGCUGACCAUCACGAACUUGUUCAUCGAGCUCGCCGUCCGUUUCAGAGACCUGAGCCAGAAGGCUACGGCUCUGAUUGACGCCAUUAAGGCAACUCGCAGCGAGUUGUCCAUCAUUGAAGUCGAUAUCGCUCGCACAGAGGUCCUCCAGGCGCGCGAUGAUGCGAGCGCCGUCGAGUACCAGGCGAAGGCGUUGCAGAAAUACAAUGCCGAGCAGCAGCAGAACCAGCACAACAGAAUAAUCAGUACAAUCAGCAGCUGGUGCCGGCGCGUAGCCAGGGUUUCGGUGGUCCGUGGUUUCGAUACCGACUUCCGGUGGUUCGAAGACGAUUCCCGGGGCGUGGAUGACUCUCGCAUGGUUGCUGGACGAGAGCCCUUCAAGCCCAUGAAUGCGGGGCCGGAUCUGGAGGCGCCAACCCGCCCUCUCACCGAGGAGGAGAAAAUAACACGAGACAUGAAGGGAAUCUCGCACAGAUCCGGAGGCGGCGAACCGCCCUCUCACCGAGGAGGGGAUGGGGUACUCAAGGCGCGUGGCGAGCUCAAGGCCGAAGAAAUCAAGCUCCUGAAUGCAGAAAUGUUCACCAGCUGGUGGGAGGUGCUGGAGAACCAGCCCUCCUUCAACAUGCUUCGCGGCAUGAUGGUUGCGCUCUUCGUGGCAUCUGAUGCUUUCAAUGGGAAGGAUAGCCGUCACGAGCUGAUGCGGGCGCUGUCGCCUGCUGCACAGGAGGCCGUUGUUGACGAGUUGAUGCGUCAACACGAUGAUGUCCAUCAAGAGGUCAGAGACGGCGCCGUGCGCCUGGAGGAGUACAUCGAUGAUGAUGAGGGGAUCGAGGAACUCACUCGGAUUCGCCGAAGAGUUAGCACCAAGGUUAGAGACACAGUUCGGAUGAACUGA